UUACCCUGAUGUACUGACUGUUCUAACAUCCGAAGAAAACCCAAAAGAAUACAGUAUCACCCCAUACCAUACCAGUCUUCUUAUCUUGGCAAAAUAGAACUGAAGGACAGCAAACUCAGAAAUGGAAUCAAAUUACAGUUAUGAUUACGAUGAGUUUACAAAUUAUUCUUCUGAUACAACUGAACCCAAUGACACACCUUGUCAAAUGAGUGAGAUCAAUGAAAUAGUUUUCAAUAUAAUAGUUUACAUUUAUAUUAUUAUUUCUCUCCUUGGCUUUGUAGGCAAUAGUUUGGUGAUAAUAACCUAUGCCUGUUACAAGAAGUCCAAGUCUAUGACGGACAUAUUUCUUCUCAAUGUAGCAAUAGCAGAUAUACUGUUUGUCAUUUCACUUCCACUGGAGGUGAUACAUGUCAAAUACAGCUGGGUCAUGGGGAAUUUCCCCUGCAAGCUGCUCAAAGGCAUGUACAAUAUCAAUCUGUACAGCGGAAUGUUGCUACUUGCUUGCAUAGGUACUGACCGUUAUGUUGCCAUUGUUCAGGCAAAGAGGUCUUUUAACUUCCGCUCAAUCGCAUGGUUCUACAGCCAAAUGAUUUGGCUGGUGGUCUGGAUUUUUGCAGUUGCUAUGUCUAUGCCUACUUUCAUCUUUACUAAAAGCAUACCAUUAAAAAACUCUACAGUCUGUGAAAAUAGCUUUCCUGAUUCACGGUAUGUUGUCACUUUAAAAACUUUUAUCCCAUCUUUACAGAUUUCAGUAGGGUUCUUCCUACCUCUUUCCGUCAUGAUCUUCUGCUAUUCCAGAAUAAUUUGUACUCUUAGCCGCACCCGCAACUUGCAGAGGCACAAGGCGAUGCACGUUGUCAUGGCAGUGAUGGUGACUUUUAUUUUAUGCCAUCUUCCUUACAACAUUGCCCUUUUGUAUGACGUUGCAAAAAAAUUUGAUACCAAUUAUGUCUGCGAAGAACGAAGGAUACUUGUUAAGACUAUUAUUUUUACUAAGUGUUUAGCGUCUUUCCAUGCUUGUCUAAAUCCAAUUCUCUAUGCAUUCAUUGGAGUGAAAUUCCGAAGCCAUUUCUGCAAGAUAAUGAAGGACUUUUGGUGCCUACACAAAAGAUUUAUGCCUAUCAGGAAAACAUCUCCACUUACCUCAGACUUUAUUUCUAGAAAGAGUUCAGAGAUGGUUGAUCUAAACAGUGCAUCUUCAUUUACCAUGUAG